AUGGGAGAGAUGAACCCAGAAAAUCAACAGGAAAAGUGCUUUAUGAGGUUGGAGGCGAUUGUCACGCGAGGGCUGUUACUGCAAGGUCGAUCCGCGAUUGGGCGACUGAGCCCUGGGGAGGGACUGAAGGGAGCGUGGGGGCGGGCGGAGGCGGAAGGACUUCCGUUCUUCGCGGCCGAGGCCUCUCUCGGGGCGGGGCCAGGAGCCUCGUCGGGCCACGCCCCCUCAGGCGGGUUCGGUCCCGCCUCCUUGCGUGACGUCCCCCGGGGACCGGUCUGCAGAGUCCGUUCGGGCCCCGCCCACCCGGAGAGCGACCGCGCCGUGGGCGGGAGUGGGGCGGCGGACUGGCACCCGGGUGGCCUCGCCGUCCAGCGACCGGGCUGCGUCGGGCCGACCCCCACCCGCUGCCAGCCUCGUAACCUGUCAGGCGGUCAGAUCUGGGGGCGCGACCCACACCUUCUGGAAUCCGUGAGGCCCCUGCCCGCAGCGUGUCCAGGUGCCAGGCGAAGCCAAGGAGCGUUGGGAGUCAGGCCCCCGGGGACCCCCAGUUCCAGUUGCACCACUGAAGGACUUCUGCCCUCUGAUGCAGUAAAGCUCUCUAUGGACCAUUUUUAUAAGCAGAUUGCGUCUGGAGAGAAUAGGCGUCCCCUCCAAGGCCGCGGAGCCUGCCAGAACAGUACAUCCAGCUCCCUGGAUGGCCCGUGGAGGAAGACAGUCGUAUCUGAUGUGCACAGCCGCUCACAGCCGGCUUCCUCGGCUCUGACGACUUCACGCCAGCCCUCACCUCACCGCACUGACGUGGCGCUUACCUGUUGGUGUUUCCCACUGUCCGUAAUCCUCUUGACAGCAGGGACUGCCUUCGCUCGGCGUCCCCUCACCCGGCACCACGCCUGGCUUGAUUAGGAGCUCGGAUGGUGUUUGAACAUCAGUGUGGAACGUCACGAGCAUCCUCAGGCCUCCUGCCUUCAUCUUCCUCCCCCCCCCCCCCCGCCACGGACGCUGACACAGGGAGGGGCGUGUGGCAUUCACUGCCUUAAUGUACCCAAGCCUCCCUCCCCACAGCUGUAAAAUGGGAGUGAUGGGGAGGGAGAUCUCUUAGCCCAGAGCCUGGCACAGAAUAGGCACUUAAUAAAUAACGUCUGUAAAAGUC